UUGUGCUCGACUAUAGCGGCAGAGAAGACCAAGCAAUCUGUGCGAGAUUUGUUUGGGUCAGAUCUUUGUGUGUUUAAAUAAUUUAAAUUCAAAGUGCAAAGCAGAAGCAGGCGGCAGGCUGAUAAAAGCAGCUGGAGCUGAGGAAAAGUCGGAGGAGAAGGAGUUCUGGAAGCAGUCGAAGAAUGGGAAUACUAAAUAAUGGAGGACCAGGAGGAUUUCUGGUCCUGUGGCUAGUGCUGAUGCUGUGGCUACCCCACGGGCUCUCCAUGGGCAAUAGCUGUUCGGCUUCGGUGCUGGAGGCCCGCCGUUUCUUCGAGCUGGAGAAUGAGCAAUUGAGGAGGCGCUACCAUGAGGAGUUCCUCUCCGGCUACACCUACAACACCAAUGUCACGGAGGAAAAUCGCCAGUCCAUGAUUGAGGUGUAUGCCCGCAAUGCUGAGCUCAACAAACGCCUAGCCCAGCGGAUCAAAGCCUCACAUUAUUCGGAGUCCGAGGAUGCCAACAUCCGUCGCCAGGCCACGCAUCUCUCCAAGCUGGGUGCCUCUGCGCUCAAUCCCGAUGACUACUUGGCCCUGCAGAAUGCCAUCAGUUCGAUGCAGUCGAAUUAUGCCACCACCACAGUCUGUACUUAUGCCAAUCAAAGCGACUGCUCCUGCGCCUUGGAGCCGUGCAUCCAGGAGCGUCUGUCCAAUAGCCGGGACCCCGCUGAGCUGGCCUGGUAUUGGCGGGAGUGGCACGACAAGGCAGGAACUCCCAUGCGGGAGCACUUCGCCGAGUACGUGCGGCUGACGCGCAAGGCGGCCCAUUUGAACGAUCAUCGGUCGUAUGCUGAUUACUGGGUGCAAUUCUAUGAGGAUGCCGACUUUGAGCAUCAACUGGACGCCACAUUCAAGCAACUACUGCCUUUCUACAGACAAAUCCAUGGAUAUGUGCGGUAUCGGCUGCGUCAGCACUACGGUCCGGAUGUAAUGAAAGCGGACGGAAAUAUACCCAUAAGCCUGCUGGGCAAUAUGUGGGGCCAGUCAUGGACCGAAGUCAUUGACUUAUUCACACCCUUUCCGGAGAAGCCAUUCGUGGACGUGAAGGCUGAGAUGGAACGUCAGGGAUACACAGUACAAAAGCUCUUCGAGCUGGGAGAUCAGUUCUUCCAAUCACUUGGAUUGCGCGCCCUGCCGCCCACAUUUUGGAAUCUGAGUGUGCUUACCCGGCCGGAGGAUCGUCAGGUGGUGUGCCAUGCAUCUGCCUGGGACUUUUAUCAGGACAGCGAUGUGAGGAUCAAGAUGUGCACCGAGGUGGACAAUCACUACUUCUAUGUGGUGCAUCACGAACUGGGACACAUCCAAUACUUGCAGUAUGAACAGCAGCCGGCUGUCUUUCGAGGCGCUCCCAAUCCUGGCUUCCAUGAAGCUGUUGGCGAUGUUAUUGCCCUGUCGGUGAUGUCCGCCAAGCACCUUAAGACCAUUGGACUGAUAGAUAAUGGCAAGCUGGACGAGAAGAGUCGCAUUAACCAGUUAUUCAAGCAGGCCAUCUCCAAGAUUGUCUUCCUUCCAUUUGGCUAUGCCGUCGACAAGUAUCGCUAUGCUGUGUUCCGGAACGAACUGGAAGAAUCCCAAUGGAACUGCGGCUUUUGGCAGAUGCGUUCCGAGUUCGGAGGCGUAGAACCGCCAGUCUCCCGUACUGAGAAGGAUUUUGAUCCGCCGGCCAAGUACCAUAUUGACGCGGAUGUGGAGUAUCUGCGCUAUUUUGCUGCCCACAUCUUCCAGUUUCAGUUCCACAAGGCCUUGUGUCGCCUGGCCGGUCAAUAUGAGCCCAAUAACAGCCAGUUGACAUUGGAUAACUGCGACAUCUAUAACAGCAAGGCGGCUGGACGAGCACUACACGAGUUCCUCUCAAAGGGUAGUUCCCGUCACUGGAAGGAGGUGCUGCAGGAGUUCACAGGCGAGAUGGAAAUGGAUGCUGCCGCUCUCCUGGAGUAUUUUGAUCCUCUUUAUCAGUGGCUUAAGCAGGAGAAUAGUCGGCUAGGAGUACCACUUGGUUGGGGACCCACGGACAAAAUCCCCUCGGACUGCUGCGGAACUUUCAGCACUUAGGCCUUAAACUGUCCAGACAUUGACGUGUGGGGUUCUUUAGAGACCCCAAAAAAAAUAUUUAAUGUGACAUAAAUAGGACAUUAAAUAAACGACUUUUGAAACCGUUGUAAAUAAUU